AGUACACACCUUCUUUACAACAGAACAGUUCAUAACACAUCACAUGUCAGGACACGCCAGCCAGUCAUGCAAUCAAGGUCCAACUAGGAGGUGCAUUCGCCACGCUUUCUUUCGGUGCACCUACCAUCUUAUCAAAGAACUAAAACUGCUGUUGAACUGGCAUUUGAAGUUGGGUUGUUUUGUACCUGGAUUUGGGUAUCUGAGGGAAGUCAGGAUGAAGGUGCCUCAAUCGUCUAUAAUCACAUUUGCUCUACUGUUGAUUCAACUAUCCGGUGCAUCUGGGGGCAAAAUCCUGGUGUUCCCAUUGGAUGGAAGCCAUUGGGUAAACAUGGAAGUGCUCAUACAGGAACUGCAUGCUCAAGGCCAUGAGAUUACUGUGGUUCGUGCGUCUGAUAGCUGGUACGUCAGCGAAAAGUCUCCUCUCUACACCUCUGUCACUGUUCCCAGCCCUGGUGGAUUUGAGGAAAACUACUUUAAAGCAUUUUUGUCUCGACAGCUGGAGGUCCGGCUUCAGGGUAAGCAUGCAUCUUUUUGGUCUACAAUCUGGACUCAUAUUCAGAUUGAGCAGCUGGUUGUGAACCAUAUGUCUCAGCUCCAUAAGGGAAUGAGUGAAAUGAUCAUUCAGAUGUUUGAAGAUGAAAACCUGAUGCAGUCUUUUCAUGAAGCCAAAUUUGACUUGGUUCUGACCGACCCUGGCAUCGGCGGAGGGGCAAUGCUGGCACGUCGGCUCCAAGUUCCUCUUGUUUUCAAUGUCAGAUGGACCAUUCAAGGUGAAGCUCAUUUCCUUAUUGCCCCCUCACCUCUGUCAUACAUACCUUUCACUGCAACAGAGUUGACAGAUAAGAUGACCUUCCCUCAAAGAAUAAAGAAUGUUUUGAGUUAUAUUUUAGGUAUGUACACAAUGUCAUACAUCACAGAACCUCAUUACAAACCAAUAGUUAAGAAGUACUUUGGCCCCAGUGUGGAUUACUCAACAUUUUUCUUGGAUGCAGAUAUAUGGCUUAUGAGGAAUGAUUUUGUCUUUGAAUUUCCACGUCCAACAAUGCCAAAUAUAGUCUACAUUGCUGGAUUUCAGUGCAAGCCCCCAAAGCCACUUCCUGUAGACCUGGAGGAGUUUGUCCAGAGCUCUGGAGACCAUGGGGUCAUUAUGAUGACCUUAGGAACUUUAGUCGAGAAGCUUCCUCAAGAUCUCUCUGAGGAGAUUGCUGCAGCCUUUGCCCAGCUGCCUCAAAAGGUUGUAUGGAGGUAUAUUGGACAGAAGCCAGCCAAUCUGGGCAACAACACAUUAUUGGUCAACUGGCUGCCACAGAACGACCUCUUAGGACAUCCCAAAACUAAAGUGUUUGUCACCCACGGAGGCACAAACGGGGUUCAGGAGACAAUUUACCACGGAGUUCCUGUAGUUGGACUUCCCCUAUUCUUUGACCAGGCCGAUAACCUCUCCAGAAUCAAAGCAAAGGGAGGAGCUGUGAUUGUGGAUAUUGCCAAGCUUAAUAGACACAUGUUUGCAGAUGCCCUGAGGACAGCUCUUUACAAUUCAUCUUACAGGGAAAACAUGCAGAAGCUUUCAAGGCUGCACAGAGAUCAGCCCCUGAAACCACUGGACCAGGCAGUGUUUUGGAUCGAAUAUGUCAUCAGACAUAAAGGAGCUCGUCAUCUGCAGACACAGUCCAACAAAAUGUCCUGGUUUGUUUACAACUCUGUUGAUGUGCUCGCUGCUUUGUUGGCAGUGGCUUUACUUGUAACAUUCACCUGCAUUUCAAUUGUAAGGUUACUCUGGAGAUUUGUUUUUGUUGUGACAAAGGUUAAACAUGAAUGACAUAAAAAACAAAAUGUUUUUUUGUGUGGGAAAUUC